AUGUCACUCUUUGAUGCGCCGAUAAUCGACUUUGAAGAAGGAUGGAGUUUUGUGCACAAGCGCAUCAAGCAGCUCCAGGACAAUCUAGAAGGCUUGCCCGAUACUCACCUCAGUUCUGAGGAUUACAUAAUGCUAUACACAAACAUCUAUAAUAUAUGCACCGUAAAUCAUCAUAACUAUAGCGAACAACUGUGUGAAAACUACACGGAAGUGAUUCAUGAGUACAUCACCUCAACGGUUUUGCCAUCUUUGCAAGAAAAGAAAGAUGAACUGUUGUUAAGAGAAUUGCUUAGAAGAUGGUCAAAUCAUAAAACUAUGACCAUUCAGCUCUCAAAGUUUUUUCUGUAUCUUGAAUCAGAUAUUCUCUCAUAUCGUCGUCUUCCUUCUCUUCCAGAAACUAGCUUCUUAUCUUUCUAUAACUUGGUUUACGAUAGAUUGAAUAGACAAGUUAUGGAAGCAAUAGUAUCAAUGAUUGAUCGAAAAUUUGUUGGAGAGAUUAUUGAUGAAACAUUGGUCAAGAACAUAUUGAAGUUCUAUUUAGAGAUUGGAGAAAGGACGGGAAAAGAAGAACCGAAACAAUUUGCAAAAACAAUGAUGAUGAAAGCUAAUAUAACAUUCUACAUGCAUGUUGAAGCUUCGGAGUAG